CAUGGCCACCAUGAGUACCGCAGCCCCAGCAAUGGGUCUCCUACCCACCGUCCCGCCAAGCGCCUUGACUCAUCCCCCAUCAAGGAACGCAAGCCCAGCGACUCGGCCCACAGUCAAGCCGGUCGCCCCUUGCCCAAGAUCGCGGAGCCGGUACAGCAGAACGAGUACGCCGAGCUAACACCGAUCUCAGCCCGUAAGCGGUAUAACGAAUCCCAAAUGUCGGUGACGUCCCCUGAGUCUGGCUUUGGAGAAGAUGACGUUCUCAUCAAACCCUUGAAUGACUCCUACCCACCCCUCCAGUCCUCUAAUAACUGCAACUGUGGUCGCAAGAUGUCCCACGUCGAGGUCUGAUGCUGGUAUCGAUUAGUCUGGUGUCGAAGAGUGUGGUAUGAUCAAAACUUUACUCGUUAAGUUCCCUGAUCGUAAGGUCCAAGAAGACCAGAACAAAACCAUUGGUUGCUGACAAAAAUACUUGAAGGACCAGUCCCUUACUCGUGGUCAGUUUGUGCAUCUGAAAAACUUGUGGACACUUUCUUCCAAGACCAUUUUGCAUAUAGUUUUGUGAUGUGAAUACUGUACAAUGAAUUUCCACCGGGAUGUGGAAAUGAGUAACAAAAUGGUGCACAUGUAUAAAAAAAAUUGCAAAAACAACUGCAAAAUUGUGAAUCAGCAACCGAUAUCAUGGUCAAAGUGGACUCGGCAUCCGGGAGCUGAGGUCAAAGGUUAUGGUGAAAAUGUCAAAGGUCAAAGGCAAAAGGGCUUGAACAAAAAAGUAAAAGGCUUUUGGUUCGGUCGGUAAAAAUCCCUGUAGCACUGUAACGUUGGAAUGAACUUUAGCCGUGACUUUCUUUUCUUUUGACAAAAAAAUCUCUAUCAAACCAAAUUGCUCAUCUGGAAGGAAUCAGUCAAACGUAAAAGUCGUUGUGUAAAGAUAAAUUGGUGAUGAUAAGAUUGUAACACAAUCGAGUAGCCAAGGUAUGUCUGGGCAGACGGCGAACAGCAUUUUUACAAGUUAAAUGAACUGAAAAUAUUGUAAAAGCUACCCCCAAAAAUUGCGUUUUCCGAGAAUUGACAGUCCGCUGCAGAGAAAGUUUAGUUUUAAAGAGCGUUCGUGUCAUGAAGGUGUGACACGAUCCCCAUCAUGGUUCGAUUGAGAUCAGUACUCAGUAGCGUAAUAACUGGGGUUUUACUUGAAGGGAAACGUGGGGAGGGCUCAUUUUCUGUAGGGGAACACAAUGUUUUUGGUCAAAGUUUAAGACACUCUGACGGUUGGUGCA